AUGGAAAAAUAUCAAGUGUACUACUAUUACAAGUACAACCAUGUCGACUACACAAGUUUGUACUGGUCGUUCACCGGUUUGGCCGCCAUUUUUGUGGCCGCCGUCACAAUUCCGUGCUACAUGCACUACAAGGCCGGCGAGAACCUGGAGUUGCGGCGCGAUUCGAACGAAAACUACGUUCAGUGGCAUUUGGAGACCGAAAUCGCGUUGAUAAAGACGAAAACAAAGAAAAAGAGGAGGAAGAACAAGAAUGGAACGGUUUGUGAAUGGAAUUUUUAGGUUUCAAAAGUGAAGCUUCUGUUUUUAGCUUUCUACGGAGGAAAUUUGA